AAAAUCAAAAUGUUAUGCACAGAAUCCUAUUUUUGGUUUAUAAAGAUUGAUUAGGGUAACCAAGAGCUAAACGCAAUAAUCCCAAUUGAAAGCAGCACUUUGUCAACCUCAAUGUAACUUUGAAAAUUGUGACCCAACUUCUACAAUCUACAGCAGAAAAGAUCUCCUAGCUGCUACUUUCUUGUACAUGUAAAAGUUCAUGGCUCAAAAAUAUCACCCAAAAAGAAGAUGAGGCGUAUCAGCAAUUCCAACAAGGAAAUAAGUGGUUUUUCUCUAAGAUGCCUGUAUAUAAUCGGACUGAACACUCGACGACUCUCCAUCAUUUGCACCACCUGUCUCUAGCAUCUAUUCUCUUCCUACAGACGAAAUUACCUGCAGUUGAAAUUCCUGCUGCUCAGGAUGAGCUGUCAUCAAUAGUUUAAGGAAGCAGAGACCAAAAACCAACUGCUACAACUCCUCAAGAGGAAACUCCAGGCACUCCACCAAUUGUUCACUCUACCGGCACCACUGCCAAUGAGAAGGUCAUGGAGGUUGUAGAAGUAAAGGGUUUUGCAACCCAAUAAUCAAAAUUUUGCAGCCUCCCAAGAGUUUCAAUAGAGAAACGACCAGCAGUCCUGCCAGAGAUGAACCCACAAGCCUCUCCUAACAACCCCCAAGAGGACUAUAAAUUGAAGGACACAAACCCCAAGCUUGGGGAGCGAUGGCCACAUGGAGGAGUACGUGGAGGAAGCAGCUGGAUUAGCAGUGACAGAGCUACAAGCACUUAUGAUCUCGUCGAACAGAUGUAUUACCUGUAUGUUCGAGUUGAAAAAGCCAAAGAUCUUCCCACAAACUCAGUAACUGGUAGCUGCGACCCAUAUGUAGAAGUGAAGGUGGGGAAUUACAAAGGAAAAACACAGCACUUUGAGAAGAAGACAAAUCCAGAGUGGAAGCAGGUCUUUGCAUUCUCGAAAGAGAAGAUACAAUCUUCCAUUCUCGAGGUUUUUAUCAGAGACAGAGAAAUAGUGAUGAGAGAUGACUACCUAGGUAAGGUGAUCUUUGACAUGAACGAAGUGCCAACCAGGGUUCCACCGGAUAGCCCUUUGGCACCUCAGUGGUACAGGUUAGAGGAUCGUUGGGGGCAGAACAAGGUGAAAGGAGAGAUUAUGCUUGCAGUUUGGAUGGGAACACAAGCUGAUGAGGCUUUUCCAGAGGCAUGGCACUCAGAUGCUGCUUCAGUUCAUGGGGAAGGUGUUUUCAAUGUCCGUUCAAAAGUGUAUGUCUCACCAAAACUGUGGUAUCUCCGAGUUAAUGUAAUUGAAGCUCAGGAUGUAGAACCAGAUGACAAAAGCCAGCUUCCGCAGGCUUUUUUGAAGGCCCAAGUUGGCAACCAGAUACUUAAAACUAAGGUAUGCCCAACCCGAACCACCAAUCCAUUCUGGAAUGAAGAUCUAAUCUUUGUAGCAGCUGAGCCUUUUGAAGAACAGCUGGUACUAACAGUCGAAAAUAGAGCGAGCCCUUCAAAAGAUGAAGUCAUGGGGAGGAUAAUCUUGCCACUCAACAUCUUCUUGAGGCGUCUGGAUCACCGACCGAUUGAUUCUCGCUGGUUCAACCUCGAAAGAUUUGGGUUUGGUGUCCUGGAGGCAGAUAAGAGGAAUGAGUUGAAGUUCUCAAGUAGGGUUCAUCUCAGGGUUUGUCUCGAGGGUGCUUACCAUGUACUAGACGAAUCAACCAUGUAUAUAAGUGACCAACGGCCGACUGCUCGCCAGCUAUGGAAGCAACCAAUUGGGAUUCUUGAAGUGGGCAUCUUGGGUGCACAAGGGCUUCUCCCGAUGAAGACAAAGGAUGGUCGAGGAACCACAGAUGCUUACUGUGUGGCCAAGUAUGGACAAAAGUGGGUACGAACCAGAACUAUCAUUGAAAGCUCAAGCCCAAAAUGGAAUGAACAAUACACUUGGGAGGUCUAUGAUCCUUGCACGGUGAUUACACUAGGAGUUUUUGACAACUGCCACUUAGGGGGAACUGAGAAAACAGCCACCGGCGGUGCGGGUGGAAAAGACUCGAGGAUAGGAAAGGUAAGAAUAAGGCUGUCAACCCUGGAAACAGAUCGGAUAUACACACACUCUUACCCUCUUCUUGUUUUACACCCUUCUGGAGUGAAGAAGAUGGGCGAGCUCCAAUUAGCUAUUCGAUUCACCUGUUUAUCUCUAACAAACAUGAUAUAUCUGUACUGGCACCCCCUGCUGCCAAGAAUGCACUACUUGCAUCCUUUCACAGUCAACCAAUUGGACAGUUUGAGGUAUCAGGCCAUGAACAUUGUAGCAGUGAGGCUUGGCCGGGCUGAGCCACCACUUAGGAGGGAGGUGGUGGAAUACAUGCUGGAUGUGGAUUCCCACAUGUGGAGCAUGAGAAGGAGUAAAGCUAACUUCUUCAGAAUUGUUUCACUGUUCUCAGGUGUGAUCUCAAUGACCAGGUGGCUAGGAGAAGUUUGUGACUGGAAAAAUCCCAUCACUUCGGUUCUCGCUCAUGUUCUGUUCUUCAUAUUGAUUUGUUACCCAGAAUUGAUACUCCCAACCAUCUUCCUUUACAUGUUCGUCAUUGGGGUGUGGAACUACAGGUUCCGGCCCAGACAUCCUCCCCACAUGGAUACUAAACUUUCAUGGGCAGAGGCAGCUCGCCCAGAUGAACUCGAUGAGGAGUUUGAUACCUUCCCUACAUCAAAGCCUCAAGAUGUUGUACGGUUGAGAUAUGAUAGGCUUCGAAGUGUAGCAGGAAGAAUUCAAACUGUAGUAGGAGACAUGGCAACCCAAGGGGAGAGAUUUCAAGCUCUCCUCAGUUGGAGAGACCCAAGAGCCACCAGCCUGUUUGUAAUUUUCUGUCUCUGUGCAGCUGUGGUGCUUUAUGUAACACCUUUUAGAAUGCUAGUUGUGCUUGCAGGCUUAUAUUGGUUACGACAUCCCAGAUUCAGAAGCAAGAUGCCUUCAGUUCCCAGCAAUUUCUUCAGGAGAUUGCCUGCUCGAUCCGACAGCAUGCUCUAGAAAGACAGCAAGUAUUUUCCUAGCUCCUUCGGUUUCCAUAAUUUUGUACCUUGAGGGUUGAACUCUUUGUUUCAAUAAAAUGGCUUUCCUUGUGUUAUGUUA